AGGGAGCUGUGCGUGGCACGCUUCUCGUCAUCCUUAUCGAGGCGCAGGGGCUUGGGCGGACGGACAGACAGUGAGCAGACAGACGCACAACGGCCGCGAGCACCGCGCAGGUCAGAGCCAAGCUUGCACCGAGAGGCGGACAGCAGACAGUGCCCGGCGGAAUCUCCUGCGCUCCGCCCGCCCGGCUCCUGUGCCAGCGCCCCUUGGCCGCCUCUUCUAAAGUGAUUGCUGCCUCGCCGCCUCCGCCGGGCCCAGGACCAUGAAGCUGCUGCCGUCGGUGGUGCUGAAGCUCCUACUGGCUACAGUGCUGUCGGCGUUGGUGACCGGCGAGAGCCUGGAGCGAAUUCGGAGAGGGCUGGCGGCCGGAACCCGCAACCCGGACCCUCCCACUGGAUCCACUGACCAGCUGCUGCCCGCGGGAGAUGUCCGGGGCCGGGAAGUCCUAGACUUGGAUGAGGCAAACCUGGACCUUUUCCGAGUUGCUUUCUCCUCUAAGCCACAAGCUGUGGCCACACCAAGCAAGGAGGAAUAUGGGAAAAGAAAGAAGAAGGGCAAGGGGCUAGGGAAGAAGAGAGACCCUUGUCUUCGAAAAUACAAGGACUUCUGCAUCCAUGGAGAAUGCAAAUAUGUGAAGGAGCUUCGGGCUCCAUCUUGCAUCUGCCAGCCGGGUUACCAUGGAGAGAGGUGCCACGGGCUGAGCCUCCCAGUGGAAAACCGCUUGUAUUCGUAUGACCACACAACCAUCCUGGCCGUGGUGGCAGUGGUACUGUCUUCUGUCUGUCUGCUCGUCAUUGUGGGGCUUCUCAUGUUUAGGUACCAUAGGAGAGGAGGCUACAAUGUGGAAAAUGAAGAGAAGGUGAAGUUGGGCAUGACUAAUUCCCACUGAGAGAGACCUGCACUCAAGGAAUCAGCUGGGGACUGCUACCUCUGAGAAGACACAGGUUGAUCACAGACUCUGCAGAGGUGAAGGACGGCACAACUAGCCAUGAAGACUCCUUUGUCCCCAUUUGCUAUCUAGAUUGGGCCUCCCAUAACUGCUUUGCCAAAAUACCAGAGCCUUCAAGUGCCAAAUGGAAUAUGUUUGAUAGGAUCUGGGUCAGAAGAAAGCAAAAGCAAGGGCCCUUCAUGCCCUUCUAAUUUCCCUCAACCAAACCCCAUUUACCCCCAUAAGUUUGUUUAAACACUUAUCUUCUGAAUUCAAAUGCCAGUUAAAUUCCAUAUGCUCCAGGAUCUUUGACUGAAAAAAAAAAAAAGGAGAAA